UGGCGGUGUGGUUAAGUGGAGUGGAGAAAAAUCACCGUCGGCCAUGUUGGAGUUGACGAUGGUCCUUAACGCUAGAGGUGAGCGGAUAGCGGAUGUCAAACGCGUUGCUCUUCGUUGGGCCAAACACGCUGGGUACGGCAAGAGGCUUUAUGACAUUUUCAAUCCGUCUGAGACAGAGAAAUUGACGUUGCCGGACCUUCGAGCGGUUUUCGCAUUCUUCGACAGACAUGUGGUCGCAGGGCAUGAGCCGGUGGUGCAUGCUUCCGACCGCAUAUCUGAACCGAAAAGCGUGCUUUCGUCGUCUUUGGAGGCGGCUCCGUCGUCGAAACCAAUCAUUAUAGGUGUCUGCCCUCUGCCAUCACUUCUGACUACGGUUGCUGCUACACGAGUUUCGAAAUCUGGGCAAAUCGGGGAGAAAGGUCAGUGUCGCGGCCAAAUCGUGUCGUCAACCCCUGUGAAGCAUAGACCAACAUCAACCAAGGAACCCGUUUCCUUGGUCCACCCGCCGCGCUAUGAGUUGGCCAUUCCUGCUGGGCCCCAAUAUUUUGGAGAUGACGACGAGGAGAACGGCGAAGAAGAAUGGGAGCGCGAUGAAGGACACGAAGAAUAUGAGGAGGGUGGCGAAGAAGAGGAAGUAGAGAGUGAGCACACAAUCUGCGAGAGGGGUGGGCCAGGCGAGUUGGAGGGUCGUCUAGGGGCUGAGUAUGAGGACGAAGGGCAAGAAGAGGAAACGACGGGCGAGGGAGGGUAUGCACAUAUGCAUCGGGGUUCCAAACGAAUGCAGCUGCUCACGUCGGGUCAUGGGCAUUGGGAAGCGGAUCCAGGGGGUGGGAAAAUGCACCGCGAAGUUGGGGUCGAGCCGGUGCAUGCCGAUGCAGUCCGACUAGCUGAGAAGAAAAGGAAGAUGAGGCAAGAGAGGAGAAGUGCUAUGGACAGUAAGAAAACCAAGCAGGAGGGGGGAGCCAAGCAAGAGGAGAGCAAACGCAAGUUGAAAAUGCUCGCAGUUGAGGAGGCCGUCCAACGUACGCGGGAGGCUGAGGAGGCCAUGAAAAAAAAACGGCAGCCAAGGAAAAAAACAGCGAAGGGAGGUGUCAUGGAAAAAACUUUCGUUUUUCCACCGGACAAGCCACAGUCGGAUGAAGACGCUGUGGGCAAGACAGUCACCAAACAGCCCGGUUUGCAGAUUCUGCCGCCUGGGAAUUCUUCUGCUCAUCUGAGCAAAGGCUUCUUUCUUGAGUUCGACGAGAAUGGUAAACAGAGGCCGGAAAUGCAGUUCAUUUCUGUCAAGUUGGACAGGAUUCUGGAUAUCCCUGAUGAGGAAUUCAGAUAUAAUCAAUGCUUCCUCGAUUAGGAGCUUAUUGAUGACCUUUACAAAACAAUGGUUGAGUCGGGUGAGGCAGCUAUCAGAGAGAAAACGACCAAGGCAGUCGGGGUGAAUGUAUGUGCAUUGUACGA